GCGUCAUGAAUGCAGGCGAUAGAACGCCCGGCAUAACACCUCACCGCCUACCAUAGUAUAUAUGCGGGGUUGUGACGUUCUAGAACUUCCCCUCUUCCCGUCUUUAACACCAGUAAAUCUCGAUCUGGGUACCUUUGCUAUCUGCGAUCAACUCUAGGCAAAUAUGGUACAAAGACUUUUCGACUGUUCGGUGCCCACGUGCCUAAGACCAAGUGCUCGUUCCGUGGGGGCUGGUUGUGAUAUGUGCAGCCGUCACCUCUGCAGGCUACAUCUUUCCCGGGACUUCCACCAAUGCGACGCUACGUCCCUUGACGACUCAGCUUAUCAAGCUCUCAUGGCCGCUGAGAUCAACCAUCUUCGCGCUCAAAUCAACGGACCAGCAGUGUGCAAGCUUGCCUCCAGCUUGAACGCAGGGAAGCCUUGUGUACUAGAACACCCUUCCCAGGUUUUGGGAUUAGAAUCUCUCACGGGCUGUGCAAAUUACCAUGCCCGCAUCCGGUUUGAGGAUGGCUCGCCUUCAUGGCUUCUACGAGUGCCACGAGUUACUGGCUUUGCUGUCGGUCUUCCUUUAACCCUUGCCGAAUACCUGAUUCGAAGCGAGUAUGCGACCCUAAAAUUCCUGGAGACUACCAAGGUGCCAGCGCCACAGGCAUUCUCUUUUGGUAUCCCAUCCCAGGGAACUGACUAUGGCGUUGGAGUCUGCUUUCUUCUGAUGGAGGAGUUAGCUGGUAGACCUUGGGAUGGCCAACGGGAUACCUUAAAGGUAUGGCACCGCCUUGGAGAGAUUCUUGCGGAAUUAGAGAAGCAUCAUUUUCACCAAGCUGGUUCUCUAUAUGUCGACUCCCCACAAGAUCAACCUUUAGUUUCUGCUGCAGCAAGCGACAGAUUCGUUUGCCUUAACCCUUGGGGUCCAUUCGAAACCGCAACAGAAUACUACUCAGCCUGGGCCGAACAGCAUCUCGCGCUGAUUGUUGACGGUCAGCUAUACCCACAAUUCCCAAUUGAGGCGUACCUGGUGUAUCGAUUCUUGAAGAAGCAUGCGAGCACGUUAGCUGAUGACGAUGACGUGUUUUUUCUUAAACAUGUUGACGACAAAGGUGAUCACUUGAUGGUCGACGAGCAAACCAAUAUCAUUGGGAUUGUUGAUUGGCAAAUGGCACGCGUCGUUCCGCGACGAGAGGCAUUCGCAUUAUCCCUCAUAUCUGCGGAUAUGGGAGCUCUAUGUGAUGGUCAAGUGUCGCUUAGUGCGAAGGACGUCGCACUUACUGAUGCUUUGCGGGAAAAGAGCGCACAAUUGGCUGAAUGCAUGGGUGAUGAGAAGAUGAGACGAUUCUUUUGGGGAUUGGGACUAGAGCAUGAUUGGGCAUUGGCAUUACCGUUAGCAAAGGCUUUACUUCAGGUCUUCGGAGUAGAACAAGGUUGGGAUGAAUGGAGAGAGGAGCAGCUGACGGAAUGCAAGAGCGAUGAACGUCUGGCGGCGCUUUUGGAAGUUUCUUGACCAGCUGCAGUGUCGUUGGAAUCUAGCUGCGAACGGAAGCCUCAACAGAGAUUAGACCCAUUAAGCCGGUUGCCUUAUGUAAUCACACUCGCUGCUUGCAUCACAUGCAUAUGCAUAUCCGGGGCUGUGGUUUAUCCGCC